AUUUCUUUCUCCCCCCGUGCCCGUGCCCGUGCCCUAGCCUUGCGACGCCCUUUCCUCUUCUCCAUCGACGGCACCUGCUCCCCUUCCUCAACCCGACGCCUCUUCCUCUUCUCUCCCUCGCGUUUAUAACUACCGGCCAAAGGAAAGCCCUGAAACCCUAGCUUCCACCCGAGCCCUUCACCUCUUCCCUUUCUCUCGGCAAAGUCGCAGACGACUGAUGCUCGGUCACCAUUUCGAUCCGGCCAGAGGAGGAGCGUGCGGGAGCGGCUACACAAGCAGAGGCCUUGGCAGGGACUCCGGCGAGCAUUCGGUGACGCGACGCCUAGGGACACCGUGAAGCCGGUGCCGAUUCCUUACCAGUACGACCUCGCCACCGGGGUUGCCAUCUAUUUCACCGGCAGCCACUUCUUUCUCUCCCUAUGCCGCCUUCGAUCUCCUCAGCCGAUUCCUUACUAUGCCGCCUUCGAUCUCCUCAGCCACUUAUUAUUUGAGAUGUUUUCCUUAUCGUUGCUUAUGUUUGGUUUUACUUUUAAACUGCGUGGGUGCUUGCUUAAUAUAUAUUGCUAUUGUUCCGGACGUGUUGACCGAGAUAGGAUUUAUGUGCUUGUUUCUCCGCUGUUGACUGAACGUUAUGGACGGAUUUGUGUGUUUCCGAUUCGAUUUCGAUGUGUGCUCGUUUCUCCACUGUUGGCUGAAAGAUAUGGACAGAACAGUUUCUUCCAUUACUACCUCAAGAUGCUUAGAUUAUUUAUGCACUGUUUCAAGUUUAAGUAGUUCCUCUUGUGAAAGUUAGCUUAAGCAUUAUGCAUGUUUAUUUUGUGAAGUAUGAUAUGAAUAGAGUAAGUGUUUCUCAUGUGAAAAUAUUAUGUUUCCUUUUCUCCAUAAGGUCUGACAAGUAUAUGCAUGAAUGCAUGCAAAAGUGUAGUAAGAAUAGAUUAUGUUCAUCAUUUAUAAAUUUCUGGAUGAUUAUGUGCAUGUGUGGUGAUAGUACGAAAUGGGUGCCUCGGGAUGAGUUCCGGGGAGGGCUCUUCCAAAUAUGAAUAAUGUUGCAAAGUAUGUUAGCUAAAGUUUAUGAUUAUGGACCAAAUGAAAGUGCUCUCAUGAUAGUUACCACAUGUGCUUUAGGUUCAUUCCCUGGUAGGAUAUGCACUAGAUUUCUUGUAUGUGUAAGAAAUUUUCAUGCUCCAUAAUAUGUUUAUUCUUAAUUCCUGUCCUUGCCUUACCUCUUAUUUCUUGUACCUACUAGUGGAUUAUACUUGCUGAGUCUGUAGACUCACGAUGCAAAUGGUGCGGGUGAGGGUGAUGUCACCAACGAUAUGCUAGGGGACGUGGGGGUGGAAUAGCCUAGGAGACGAGAUGGAGACAUAGCACACUGUCCAGGGACCUGAGAGCAUGUUGUGAAACUGUCUCCAUAUUUGUUAUGCAGUUAAGGGUGGAGUCUAUUUGUUGGGUUCUUUUCCUUUUGGUAGAAGUUCAUCAACUUCAACUUUCUGUAUUUUUGCUGAAUGUGAGGUUCAUAUGUCAUGAAAUUUCGCUGUAGUUACUUUAAAAAAAAAGGAAUAAAAUAAAAAAAUUCUUUGGGUUUGCUACUUGAUAACUCUUCCACAUGGGUUCAACACGUAUUGAAUAUUUUGUCAAGUGUAGGAUAUAGGGUUGUUUCACUCUAUUUGUUUGCCAUUUCUUUACUGCUUCUGUCAUUUUUGUUAUAUCUCAGUCUGUCUUAUCUUGUUCUUCUAGUCGAUUCGCUUGGUUUUGUCCUUUUCGGCAUUUUCAUGCACUUUGAGAGUUAAAAGAUCACAAUUUCCAGAGGUUUUGGAUUACUUCCUUUCGGUUAACAAUGAUUACUGAUCCAUCUUGAGGCAAUCAUUAGAUCUGGUAAAGUUAGGAUGUUUAAUACUGCUACUUAUUUCUCUGCGUUCACUUUUUUUCUUUUUUUUCCCCUUACAUAUGCUAUUUAUCUUUAGCCUCAGCUGGCUCGAUGGCUGCAUUGCUUAAUGCUCGCGUCCACUCAAUUUGUUUGAGCUACAACUACCGUUCGUCUCCUCUUCGUCAAGUCAACUCUUUGAGGAUACCAAAAUUAUCACCUAAGCAUCCUUUAACUUCUAGGAGAGGCUUAAAGUCUUCCUUCAUUAUGGCUGCAUCUCUGCAAUCGGAAAAGACCAUCUCUACUACACAGUUUGCCAAUGCUAUACCUUCUGAAGAGGUGCUCAAAAUCUGGCGUAGCGCUGGUGCUGUAUGCUUUGAUGUGGACAGCACCGUUUGCUUGGAUGAGGGUAUUGAUGAACUUGCUGACUUCUGUGGUGCUGGCAAAGCUGUUGCAGAGUGGACUACAAGGGCUAUGAGUGGCUCAGUACCAUUUGAGGAAGCUCUUGCUGCUAGACUUUCUUUAUUCAACCCUUCAUUGAAGCAAGUCCAAGAUUUCCUGGAGAAGAGACCUCCAAGAAUUUCACCUGGCAUUGCUGAAUUGAUCAAGAAGCUGAUGGACAAAGGCAUUGAUGUGUAUCUUAUAUCAGGAGGAUUCCGUCAAAUGAUCAAUCCUGUAGCAUUGCAGCUUGGAAUACCUCUUGAGAACGUCUUUGCAAAUCAGUUACUCUUUGGAAAUUCUGGUGAGUUUGUUGGAUUUGAUGUUGGAGAGCCUACUUCGAGAAGUGGCGGAAAAGCAACAGCUGUACAACAGAUACGAAAGGUGCAUGAUUACAGAUCAUUGGUUAUGAUUGGAGAUGGUGCCACUGAUCUUGAGCUUCUCUUUUUUUUGUGUUAUUCUCAAGGCACGGGGGCCUGGUGGCGCCGACUUAUUCAUAUGCUAUGCCGGUGUUCAGUUGCGAGAAAUAGUUGCAGCAAAAUCUAACUGGCUCGUCUUCGACUUUGAAGAACUACUAUCCUAUCUCACAGUAUAAUCUUGUUGUGCCACUGUUUUUUCUUCUUCUUUCACAUUCUUGUUUGGGAGAUGUUUCAUUUCAUUCGAGUUUUGUUUCUUCCUAAUGUCAAAAUAAUUUGUUCGUGUGAAAUUUUGGGAGAUGUCUCCUUCCUCUAAAUGCCGACCAACUGAAUGUGUUGGCUUUUCCCACACUUCAGUGUCUUGGGAAACCAUGCAUUUCAUUCCAUUCCAUUUCAUUUUA